AUGUCAGAAGAAAAAGCUACCACACCAGAGGUUUCCAAAGACCCAGAAGAAUUGUCUAAAGAAGAAAAACUUGAGGCUGCUAGAAAAAAAUUUGAAAAAUUGAAGAAGCAGAAGAAGAAGAAAUCUGGCAAGAAGAAGAAGGAAAAAGAAGAGCAAAAGGACUCAGAAGAAACUAAAGAGGAUGACGAAGGAGACGAUGAUAAGAUCGAUGAUAUGAAAGCUCAGCUUGAAGAGCCUCUAGAAACAGAUAAGGAAGCUGAAAAGGAAAUAAGUAAGGGAGAAAAAGAAGAAGAUAAGGAAACAGAAAAAGAAAAGGAAACAGAAAAAGAGACCUUUAAAGAAACAGAAGAAGAAGAAGAAGAAAAAGAAAAAGAAAAAGAAAAAGAAGAAAAAGAAGAAGAAGAAAAAAAAAAAAAAGAGAAGCUAAAGGAAACACAAGAAAAAAUAGAUGAUAUUGCAGAGAAACCCAAAGGUGAUAGUAGAAUGGAUGAAUUGUUCACAUCUGAAAAUGCUAAUGAAGAAUUAGAAGAUGUAUUCAAUAAUUUGGAUGCCAAUGCUGAUCCUCCAAAAUCAAAUGUUGUGCCGACUGCCCCAAAUCAAACACCAGCCACUGACGACAGUUUCAAUAAAGAUGCUUUGAUUGAAGAAUUACGGAAAAAAUUGAAAGAAUCUGAUGAACAGCUUACAAAAUACAAAAAGGAAAAUUCUAACUUGAAAUUUGAAAAAAUGGAUUUGUUAGAUGAAAUUGAAACUUUAAAAGAUACUGUCGACGAAUUGAAUAUUAAACUUUCAACAAAGGGAGUCGAUGGCCAUUCCGAUGAAGGGUCAGAAAGAGAAGUUUCGUUAUCUCCUGGACCUCCUCAAACCCAACAAAAAAGAGGGUCUAUCUUUGGAACUUAUACUCCACAGUAUCAAAUGCCUCAACAACAACAACAACAACAACAACCAUCUUCUUUCCAAGCACAACAAAACCAGUACCAGCCACAUUACCAAAAACCUACCUACUCUUAUGAAGAGAUCAAAGCUCAGAUAAUGGAGAAAGCCAAAGAUUGGACAUUAGAUAUGAGAAUGUGGAGAUCUAUUGGAUCUGGACCAGUGGUCGAAAUAUAA